CAAGUAACCCAAAUCUCUGAAUCUUCCGUGUCCGAGGUUUUCGAUAGAAGUGACAAACCUUCGGCCAUGGAAAAUAGUUCAGCUUUAGAAAUUGAGGAAAACCCGACGCCUAAAUCAUGUGCUAGUUGUGAUUUUGUUUGGGAUAAACCCUUGAAUCAACAGGAUGAUUACGCAAUGGAAGGAGAUAGAGGAACCAGGGGAACAGAAAUUGUUGCUGACCAGUUCUCGCCUGAUGUUGAUUUUGAUUGGGGAAAAAAUCUGAGUGGGAUGUCUUCAAUGGACGAAGAUGACGAAUCAUCCUUCGAUCAUAUGGUUUGUGAUUCGAGUUGCAGGCUAAUUCCAAAUGGGUUUAUGAGAUCGGACUGUACAGAAGUUGUGAUGUUCAUAAACGCUGGAGCAGAAACCAUGGUCGAAUCAGAUCCAAAUAUGAAGUUUGAGGCUGAUAAGUUCUUUGAAGGAGGAGAUAUAUUUCAAACAGACGAGUGUAUGACUGAGGGUGGCGAUUUCUCUUUCAUUUAUCACACAGCAAGACUAGGGAACUUCCAUUAUCAAUUCACUAAUCUGCCGGAGGGCUGUUAUUGUAUUGACCUUCAUUUUGUUGAGAUGAUAAAUACAUUUGGUCCGAAAGGGAUGAGAGUGUUUAAUGUAUUCUUGCAGGAAGAGAAGGUUCUCUCAGAUUUUGACAUCUUCUCUGUGGUUGGUGCUAAUAAACCGUUGCAAUUGGUUGACUUAAGAGUCUCUGUUAAGAACACAGAGGCUAUCAUAAUUCGAUUCGAAGGGAUGAUUGGUAGCCCGCUGGUUAGUGGUAUCUGCAUAAGAAGAGCAUCUAAACUGUCUGAAUCUGAUGUGAAACAUGAAUUUCUAAGAUGCCAAAACUGUGCCACUGAGAUAGAGGUCCCUUCUGUUCAGAGAAAAAGAAUGCGAAAGGAAUCAGCAGAAAAGUAUGAGAAGACGAUAGAGGAGUUGACUAGCCAGUGCCGAAGCAAGACUGAAGAAUGUUAUCAGGCUUGGAUGGCUUUGACUGCUGCAAACGAGCAGUUGGAGAAAGUUCGGAUGGAAGUCGACAAUAAGUUCUUUGAGUCGUGCUCUUUUGACCAAAUCAUGGAAAAGCAAUCUGAACAGCUGAGGGAUAUAUCUAGUAGGUAUGAGCACGAUAAGAAGAUUUGGGCAGCGGCAGUCCAGGAGUUAUCAAAUAGAAUAACUGAGUUGAAGCAAGACCAUUCCAAGCUGUCUCGCGAAGCACACGAAUGUGUUGACUCAGUUCCUGAUCUAAAUCAUAUGGUUUCUGCAGUUCAGGAAUUGGUUGCACAGUGUGAGGAUCUUAAAGUCAAGUACAAUGAAGAACAGGCAAAACGAAGGAAGCUUCAUAAUCAAGUUGAGGAUGCAAAAGGAAAUAUAAGAGUUUUUUGCCGGUGCCGUCCACUAAACAAGACAGAAGCUGCGUCAGGGUGUUCAACGGUUGUAGACUUUGGUGCCGCUUUGGAUGGAGUACUUGGAGUUUUAAGCAAUGGUUCCACCAAAAAGACCUUCAAAUUUGAUAGUGUUUUCACACCAAAAGAUAACCAAGAUGAUGUUUUUGCGCAAGCUUCACCACUUGUUACAUCCGUUUUAGACGGGUACAAUGUAUGCAUAUUCGCAUAUGGACAAACAGGAACAGGAAAGACGUUCACAAUGGAGGGUACUGUGGGAAAUCGAGGAGUCAAUUACAGAACACUUGCAGAGUUGUUCAAAGUUUCUAAGGGAAGGAGUGACACUUUUACCUACAACAUAUCAGUUAGUGUGCUUGAAGUCUAUAAUGAACAAAUAAGGGAUCUUCUCGCAGCACCAUCUGCAACUUCAAAGAAGUUGGAAAUAAAGCAAGCUUCUGAAGGGUUUCAUCACAUUCCUGGGCUGAUAGAAGCCAAAGUGGAAAACAUAAAGGAAGUCUGGGAUGUUCUGCAAGCUGGGAGCAGUGCUAGAGUUGUUGGAUCUAACAAUGUGAACGAACAUAGCAGCCGUUCUCACUGCAUGCUUUGUAUUAUGGUAAGAGCAAAUAACUUGUUGAACGGUGAGUGUACCAAGAGCAAGCUAUGGCUCGUGGAUUUGGCUGGUAGCGAAAGGCUUGCAAAGACGGAUGCUCAAGGUGAUAGGCUCAAGGAGGCUCGAAACAUCAAUCGAUCCCUUUCUGCUCUUGGAGACGUUAUAUCUGCCUUAGCAAAUAAGAGCAAUCAUAUCCCGUAUAGGAACUCUAAGUUGACACACUUACUUCAGGAUUCUUUAGGGGGGGACUCAAAAACGUUAAUGUUUGUGCAAAUUAGUCCCUCAGAGAAGGAUUUGAGUGAAACCUUGAGUUCCUUGAACUUUGCCACAAGGGUCAGAGGGGUUGAGUUAGGUCCUGCACAAAAGCAAAUCGAUACAAACGAGCUUCAAAAACUGAAAACGAUGCUUGAUAAAGCAAAGCAUGAGUUGCAUUUGAAAGAUGAAUUGUUGAGGAAGUUAGAAGAGAGCUUGCAGAAUGUUGAAAGCAAAGUUAGAGGAAAAGAUCAGAUGUAUAAAAACCAGUUGGAAAAGAUAAAGGAGCUUGAGGGAAUAAUGGAACUGAAAACAGGAUUACACUCUCAGUCGGAAAAACAAGUUUCACAUCUUUCUGAGAAAUUGAAGGGGAAAGAAGAUUCGAAUAGCACCCUCCAAUAUAAGGUUAAGGAGCUCGAGAGCAAACUUAGAGGACGAGAGAAGUCUGAUGCUAUACCGUUCCAACAAAAGGUUAGAGAUCUUGAACACAAACUGCAGACACAGGUUCAAGAGUCAAAGUCUUACUCCAACACCCUUCAGCAAAAGAUUGACCAACUUGAAAGGAAGUUGAAAAAACAGGAACAAGAUUCUGAUUCCACUUUACUCCAUCAGAAGAUUAAGGAGCUUGAAGAGAAGGUUAAAGAGCAAGAAAGGCGAAUGUCCAUGCGAUCCACACCCUUUGAAGGCAAACACAGUAUUGGUUCAAGAGACGGAUUCACAUAUGAAGCAGAACAACACAUUCUAAAGAGUUCUAACGCCAUGAACUGCCAACGGAUGUCUACUUACAACAGGCCAAGUCUGCCAAAGAGAAGCGAUUCUCAUGGUGGUGGUGGGAUUGAAAUGAAAAGGAAGAGGUUGCCAAGAAAUAGUGAGAUGGAGAAUGUUGUCAUACCGUUAACUUAUGAUCACAAUGACAAGAAGGGAAGGAAAUCAGAUAAACCUCUCCCUAGAGCUCCUCCGACAAGGGCGGUUGAUAAACCUACGCCGUCAAAUCGGAGGGCCGUCCCUCAUGGUAGAACAACCAAUCCAACUCAAGGAAUCAAAGAGAAAGAAAACAAGAAAAGGAUGUGGUCUUGAUAGUCUCAUAUACCAAGUCAUACAAGUCUUAGUGUUAACUUAGUUAAGGUUCACAAAAAGCUGAUCUGGAUACCCCUAACAUAAUGUGCAUUCAAUCUGAUUUUGAGGUACAUGUACUGGUUCUAUGUGUUCAACUUUUACUUAACCUGAACUUGAUCAAUGUUUUUUGGCCAAUUGAACCCAGUUGUUGUCC